AUGGCUUCUCAGAAAGCCAUGGAGGAAUUGGCUCGACAGUCAGGUUUUGAGGAUUUGUCAUUCGCUACAAGGACGUAUCGUCCGGAAUACGCUUCGUCUCCAGACCUACGAAGAUCGUACAGACGUGAGUAUCUAAAGGAAUCGAUUUAACGUCCAAUAACAUGAACUUCAAGUGAACAUUUGUGCAAUAACUUUGCUUUGACAUAUGUCCUUUUGUAGCUCAACGCGUGAUCCGAACUUCUGAAAUAGAAUCUACGUUACGUGCCAAACUUGCUUUCACCGCAGGUAAAACAACUUUUUAAUUUAUCCUUAAGUGGAAGAAUGUUAAGUUUCUUCUAGAAUACGAACUUUGAGGAGUACAAAUAUUUGAUUUGAGAACUCGAUGGAGGCAUCUGUAAGCAUUCCUUCACGUUACCUUUACCACUCUGUAAAACUCAUCGCAGUUCUCUAACUUAGAACUAUCGAUGCUUGCCGUAUGUUUGUCCUGGGAAAUUCAGUCUUUUGUUACUUUGUCUUUCAUAGUAGCUGUUUAUAUUUUAUAUCGAUUGAUUAGCCGGAGCUAAUUUGUAUGUGUUGGUUAAAUCUUACCAGGGGGGCGCGAUCGGGAAGGCCGAAAUAUUUUGACUAUACCAGCCGGAAAAACUGAAAAUUUGAGCGUAGAUCAGCUUGGAGAUACUCUCUCCUACUUAACUCAAUCACCAAGGUAUGUUGAAUUAUUUAAACUUUCAAUGUUGUUGAUGGAUUCUUUUACAAAGUUAUUAUUUUAAAUUUGGUGUCUCGUAGCGCACAUGUGUGACAGAUGCACUUUUUGUGGAUAGUUCCGUAAACAAAACCACAGAAGUGAACUGACAAGCAGUUACGAACCCCUUUUACUUUCAGCAAUACUUGGAAAACAAGCAAACCUAAUUUGCACAUUGAAAUUAGAUUCCAAUGGUUGGAAUUUGGAAAAAAUAAUUAAUUAUGUGAAAAAAAUUCUUUGCGGUAAUUAAACUGGUUUCAAUGGAUUUAAAACUUGAGUCAUAAAUCUUUUUAAAUGACAGAUCUCUGAAGUGAUUUUUAUUUCUUAUCAAACUUGGUAUUUUUUAAGGAAAAUUUAAAAUUCUCUUCGGAAAAGUAGUUUUAUUUUGUUUGCAGGAAUUAAUUAUAGAUUUUGAAGAAUCCUUGACUUUUAUAUCAAUGAAAUGAUCCCUGCAGAUAGCAUCGCUAUUUAUUAUGUACACGAUACAAUUAUUCACUUAGAACUGCAAGUUUCAUCAAUAUAUAUUAUAAUUGAUUAAUGACAAACUAACCAGAUUUCACAAUGUUUUUGGGAAGUUUCAGAUGUUCAAUUACUUGAUAAGGUUAUGAUAGUAGACAACAACACCAGUUGCAAUUUGUUUUAUUUGAAUUUUUUGCUACUGGUAAUUACUAUUAUCCUGAGAAGUGUUCCCACUGGCUGGUGUGGUGGCCUAAGGAUACCAACUUUUGAAAUAAGAAUUUAGCCUGGUUACUCAUGCAUUUGAGAAUUGGAGAGAAUUAUUUUGAAACCAGUGACACAAUAAAUCCUGGCUAAUAACAAAUUUUCCUUUUAAGGAAUGGAAAACAAGGACAUAUGUACAUGGUUAUAAUUGACCUUAGGGGCUCAUCCUGGAAAUCUGCCAAACCUCUUCUACGAACUCUUCAGGUUAGUAAUGAUCAUUAGUUAGCUCAGUGUAAAAUGUACUUAGAACUCUUUGGCUCAGUAAUGAUCAUUUAUUAACUCAGUGUACUUUACAGUGUGCGUAGAACCCUUCACAUUAGUAAUGAUCAUUUUAUUAGCUCAAUGUAAAGUGUGCAUAGAACUCUUCAGGUCAGUAAAUAUCAUUUAUUAGCUCAGUGUAAAGUGUGAUUAGAACUCUUCAGGUCAGUAGUUAUCGUGUAUUAGCUCAGUUUCCUGUACUUUGCCGCUGUAUGAACAGGAUGAGCAGUGAAUUGAUCUUCUAGUUUUGGGAUAUAGUAAAUUAUUGUUUUUUUAUUUUUAAAUUUUGAAACAAAAAUUGAAAAUUAAAAGUGUGAUUGGUAGUUUACUUCCUUUUUCACUGGUGGCAACAGGGGAUAAAUGAGAGUAAAUAUCAAGAGGAAUGGAGAAAUCAGAACUUGAACUUAACUUAUUUUAAAAGUUUUCCUGUUCAUCUUAACAGUAUGCUCUAUGUAACAAGACUGAUCAUGUCUCAAACAGUAAUUAUCAUGUCAGUGAAGGUUCUUUCCUAAUUGUUUUCUAGGAAACAGUUCCAGACAAGGUACAUGAAGUCUAUAUUAUUAAGCCAGAUGCUUUCUGGGAAAAACGACGCUCAGGAACUGGUCUUAGAAAGGAACAAUCUAGUGUUGCAUUUGAGGUAAUUGGCCUGAACCUUUUUUUAUGUAUCAAGGAAACUUUCCCUUGGAUUUCCUGUAUUUUGCAAUUCCGUCAACUGCGAUAGUAUGUUCAGUGGGAGUUUGUGUUACCUUAUCCAGUUAAGUUUAAAUUUGUAUUUCAAGCUUAGCUGUUUCAGAUUACUAUCAAGGAAUACAACCUACUUUGUUGUAAAAAUUUUUAAGGCCUCACUCAAAACAGUCUCGCAUGCUACUGGAGGACAGUGUACAUGGCUCACUCUAUUGACUUUGUUUUACAGACGACAUUGUUGUCAUCAUCAAGUAAACUUCAUCAGUUUGCUGAGGGAAGUCAAAUUACUCAAGAGCUGGGUGGUACUUUAUCAUAUAACCAUAACAGAUGGAUUGAUACUAGAUUAGUAAGUCUGAUAACAAAUUAUGUAAAAUUAAAUAACAAGUAUUAUGUUUUUAUUACAACAGACAGACUGAUAAGAAAUUUGUGGGCAAACACCUCUCAAACCUGUUUUUAGAAUUGGAUGUUGUUUAAUUUCAGGAAAUUGAGCAAAUUUCAGAUGAGUCAGUCUCUUUGAAUGAAAAAUUUGAUGAAUUGGAACAAGACCUAGACACCCAUCAGCUAGGUAACGACAUAGCAGAAACAGAUGGCCUGAUUCGUCAACAUGAAACCAAAAGGGCACUGUUAGAUAAUGUUGCUUAUCCACUGAUCCAAAGAGGAGAACAUCUUAUCAGCUCAAUUAAAGCUAAUGAACCUCCCAUACCACCAAGCCAAAAUUUCUCUGGUAGUCCUGCUUCUUUACCAAGCCAAGAGCGUCAACAGGUGGAAGGUAAUGUGACUCAACUAAAGCUGAGAUGCAGCCAGUUGAUGGACAUGUGGGAAAAGAGAUGGAAAGAGUUGAUACAGUGUAUGGAUCUACUGGAGUUUGAUGCAGGAUAUCAAAAGGUACACUGAUGGCAGUUUUGGCAUUAAUUUAGUGUACAAAACUUAUUCGUUAUGUAUCUCUGUCUUCUGCUUGUUAGAACCAAUUUUCACUUGCUUCCUGCGUUAAAAUAAUUUAAAUUUCUGUUGUAUUUGUAUGAAUGAUAUCUACACUAAAAAUUUAAUUUGGUCUGUUUUCACUCUCAAUAAACCUGGGGCUUUUUUUACCUUGUUGAUACGCAAAGCAUAGAAACCAUUUUUAUGGGGACUCCAAAAUGCAAACGAGUCACUCACUCAUUCACUAAGGUGUAGACACUGUUGACUGACACUGUGCUAAUUUCUUGUCCUGAACUUGCCUGAGUGUAUGACAUCACAACGGAAUUAUCUUACAUAUGGGCUUCACUUUUAUGGCAGACAAAAAUAAUUAUGUGCUUUUCUGAGUACUUGUGGAAAUCACUGCCACAUAUCUUUAAUUUCAAUCGGUGAAAAAAUCUUGCAGGCACAUAAAAUGCGUUCUGAGGUAUAUAGUUUCCAAGGCAAAGAGAUUAAUAGGUUACAAUGCAACUAUGAGAGACUGUGAGGCAAAACAUGACAUAGAAAUGGAAAUUAAGGUCAUUUGGCUUGUGCAGGCAAGAAAGAUUUGGAUUGCACCAUCUAAAUUUGAUAUGUUUUUGCAAAUGCAAUUCAAUAAACACAGGAUAUUAUUUUGUAGACCGCCUUAGGUAUGCAUUUAUUAUUCUGCGGAGUUAGAUGGUCACCAUCAUUCUGGAUAUCUUGUGACUUUCUGUAAGCAAAGUCAGAAAGUGAUACAGAAAAAAGUUCGAGACUCUUUUGGAGUACAAGAAGCAAGUUUUGCUGCAAGACUGCUAAUUACUUUAUCCACAAGUUGGCCAUAGGUAUUCUUUGAUUAUAAUUCUUUGUCAAACUGAUUUUUGCUUUGAUAUGUUCAUUCAGGUGACAAACUGGGUCCUUGGGUCAGGAGAGUCAUAUUUAGCCAAUUCCAAUGAUAUUGGAGACUCUGUUAUCUCUUGCGAGAUCCUUAGGAAAGAGCAUGAGGAAUUUGAGUUGUCUGCUAGGGUAAGAGAGAUAAUUUAAAAUCUAACUUCAUCAAUUUAUCUUUUAUCAAAUCAAACCCACUUCAACCUAGCAAUAAAAUAGAUAUUUCCAUUAGUAUCACAUAUUAUAUUUCCCCUACUUUUUCCUUCCAUCUCUAAAUUUAAUGAGUUGGUAAUUAACAUGGAUAAGAAGAGGCUGACUAAUUAUAUAAUAGAUGUUUUUAUUUUCUUAAUAAGUAUUAAUCAUUGAUGUAUUUAUUUGGGUGGCUGACCCUCUCUCAUAAGAACUGUGGAUGCUGGAAAGGCGCCUGUCUUACUUGCUUGAGGGAGUGGGUCGUUAGUGGAAAUCUCAAACCUCGGUCUUGACGUGUUGAUCGAGCGAUAUCGAGGUCAAUACGGCAAGGCUAAGAUUUGAGAAUUUCCCGCAAUGACUAAGUCAUUUACUGGAAAUUAUUAUCCUUCAGUUUUUGAUGCUCAAGGUUACCAGCAGAGAGCAAAAAACUCUCACCUUCCCAUAUUUACGGGCUAAAAAUUACUUUCUUAACAUGUCACGGACGGUUUUUCUCGACAAAUCCUCGCAAUCUUUUUCUUCGCAGAUAAGAGCUUGUUUGUCUUCUUAAUCUUUAUUGAUUCCUCCGCUCCGCUUUUUUUGGUACAAUCACAUAAUUAGUUUAAAACUUCGCUGUUCUCUGGAAACUUAAUCUAAAACUUUAAUGGAACUCAUACCCUCGUAGUGUCAGUCAGCCUUGAUCGUUUCUAUCUGCACGUAUUUUCGGAUAAAGGAAAAAAAAGGGCGCGGUUCUUGAAUGACCUCAGUUAUUCUUCCUAAUUUGCAUAAUUCUUUAUCGGCCGGUGGGUAGUCUGAGCUCUCAACCAAGCAGAGGACGCGUCAUCAAGUUGAAGCCCAUAUCAUACACAGUCGGCUUCGUUAUUGCGGACACCCUCGGGAGAGGGGGGGGGGGAGCGAGAGUCCGUAAUAACGGGUACGAAAGAAAAAAAAAUUUUCUUUAAAUAUAUGAAAUAAUAUGUAACUACGUAAACGUUAAGUUUCGAACGUGGCAUCAUGAACCAGGAAAAGAUCCGGCCGCAAGCAGGAAAUUCUCAUGUUCGUGCCCAAUUGAAAAAUGGUUUCUUUAUUUUCCUUUACCGUAAUGUCGCUCUAUAUUACGCGAGUCAGGAUUUUGGACAAAGUACUUAAGUGUCCACUAUAACGAAAGAAAACACAAGUGAAUGUCGUGCUGGGGUGGGGGGGGGGGGGGGCAUGAAAGUGUCCGCAUUUCCGUAAUAACGGCAGUUUGUUUCAGUCAUUAAUUUAUGCGUUUUGCCAGGGGUCUGACUUUUGUCCGCAAUGCGGGGUGUCUGUAAUAGCGAGGUGUCUGCAGGAGCCAACUUUAGUAAUCAUCAUCAACUCUGUGGAAUAUUCUCUCUCAUAGGAAGUGAUAAACCACUUUGCUCAGGUGCGUGAACUUGCCAAGAAAAUGCUCCAGGAAAAUCACUAUGCCUCCAGAGAUAUUAAAAGUCGCAAGGAAUUCCUGGACAGAGGUUGUCGAAACUUUGCCCUGCGGAUGAACAGGAGAAGAGACAUCAUACUGACAUCGCUUAAAUUUCACAAGAGUGCAGGGGAGGUAAGGGGGGAGUUUAAAGCUCAUAUUUGUUUUAAUGGCAGAUGAUUUUCAAAUCACCAAUCAUUGGAGUCUGGAGCUGCAAUUCCUUUAUAUGAUGUGAUGAACUUUUUACUAGCUAGUCAGUGACCUUUCUCCUUCGCUCAAAAAGUCAGCUUUGAAACUCUUAAUAGUGGCUUAUUUACGUUAUCAACUCAGUUGAUAAAACCAAAUUAUCUUGCUAUAAUCUCCCAACCAAACACCACAGUUCAUUUAUAAACUUAACUCCCUCUUUAAUUUUUGAAACCUGCUUGUUAGUCACCGUCGCAAAAUGGAAUAAUAAACUUUCUGAAUUUGCAACCAAGAAAUUAUUAAUUUGUCAUCUGUCCAGUUGAUUGGCACAUGUCUGUUUAGAACGCUCCACCUCCUAGUCUAACUUAAUUUUGAUUGGCCAGGUUCAGGGAAAAAAAACCAACAGGGGAACUGAGUGAGAAACUGGUCCAAUUUAAUCUUUCGCUUCUUUAGAAGCCCAGCUAAGGUCAUUUUCUGUUCUUUAUUUCAGUGCUCAGUUAAUUUGGAUGACUUAUUUGAACUGCUGUGUUCUGAUUCUGUUCUCAUGUACGACUAUGAGACUGCAGAGAGCAUGCUCAGAACAUUGGAAGAGAAGGCUGAGGGUGAGUGAAGUGUUUAUGUCAUUAUAAAUAUUUCCCUAACGGGGUUCCUUCCUUGGGCCUUGUAUUCCGUUGUAUCACAUGGUGUAAUAUUUUCUUUUACACUCAGCGGUUGCCAUUUCGUCUGAAGACACCUUGCGAGAUGCAUUGGCCGUGCAGGAACUGAUGACAAGUCCAAUGUCCAAUAUGCGGGGUGAUGACGUCACUCAGGAUUAUGGGAAGGGUAUUGCGCAUGUGCGGCUUACUUUAGACGAACUAAGAGAGCGGAAACUACGCACAGAUGAGUUGUGUGAUGUGCGCAGAAUCAAACUGCAGCAACUGUUGCAGCUCAAACAGAGCGAACGAGACGCUGAGCAGGUAAAGCAAAAGUCGACGAAUGAUACAGAAAUAGCUUAGAGAAUGUACGAAUGGAUUUUUAUCGUCCCUAUGGGCCUUACUAUCCACUAUCACAAAUAAAGAAAGCGCGUCUUUCAAAGCGCUGUUCUGAUGAUGAGUAAAAAUUUAUGAAAGUCAGAGUGAAAGUAUUGUUCAUCAAAUCACACGGCAUACGGAUAUUUGAAAUGGAAAAGAAACGUUUCUUACUGGUAAAGAUAAUCUGUUCUUUAUCCACUUCCGAAGUUCAGAUUUUUCCUGUCAAAGCGAGAAGUAACGGAAGGUUUCAAAGACAUUGAGAAAAAGGAAUAAAUGCUUUUUUGCUGAGGAGAUUUCUUACAUUUUUCAUAAUCAGGGAUAAUAGGACUACGUUUUCCUUCGGGGGUGGGGUUCGUUAUCUGAUAAGCAUGAAGAACAACUUAUGUCUGAAUUUAAAUUAAUCAGGCGACUGUGUGGAUAAGUCAACUGCGUGACGCUACAGAACAUAACUUGGGAGAUGUGGGAAGAAACUCAGAGGAUAUCGAGGCUUUGCAACAGGAACACGAGAAACUUGAGACUACAGCUAAAGUAAGAUGCCGCUUGAGAUGAGUAUCGUUGUAGUCCUUAAACGAGACAGAUAUGAACGUACAUCUCAAAUAGGUUCUGCGGGUGGAAGCUUAAAGCAUUAUUAAAACUUAUUUGGGAUUGAUGUGUUUAUGAAACAUGGAUUUUGUCAGACGAUGACACAGUAAGUCACGUAAGUCAGUAAGUCACGUCUUCGUGAAUGACAGUUGCGGUGAGCAGUCACUAUCAAGAUGUGAAGGGAACAUCUUAAAGAUUCUGAACAACAAUUUCAUCCGAACGAGAAUAUUAAGUGGAUGAUUUUGAUCUUUUGCAGAGUACUUAUGAUUAUGGUCGACAAUUUCUCCAGGCCUCAUUAGUUCUUCGCCGCACUUGUCGCUAUGAAUUGACUCCAAACUACCAAAUGGAGGAAAGGUUAAACAGCGCUUGGAGUGAAUUUUCAUCGGCCAUGGCUGAGCGAGGAGCAAGACUGUCUGUGGCGCUCAUGUUUCAUCGGAGCGCGGAGAAGGUAACAUAGCAGCAACUGACCAUAGUCUUUAAGGAAGUAGUGCAAGUUUAAUGCUGGGUUUAAUUGCUGAAUAGCAAAUACAUUCGACUUCUGUUGAAGUUUUAAGACCUAGCUGUUGUACCCGUUUCUCUCGACGUAAGGUACUGGCUGAUAAGAGUUGUAAGGAGUUACCGACACGUUAGCUAACUUUACAGUGAGAGGCCGAGGUUAUAUCUACAGUUCAACUUUUUUUUAUAAUCAUACACAGAAUACCCUUUGGCCUCUACUUUGACAAACUUCAGAAACAAUUUUUUACCUCACGUAGCUUGUCCAAGAAAUUGAGGAGCACAGAGAGAGAUACAUGCGAGAGGACCUCCUAGAAGACCUCACAGCUGAAUUAAUCGAGGAAGAAAUUCGCCGACACUCUGGCACAAGACAGGCUAUCGACAAAGAAUACGCUGAUACGGUUGCCAUGGGGCAAGCCUUGGUUGACAGAAUGCAGUUACCUCCCCUGUUUGGGGAGAACGGUGCACCAAAUCGGCCUCCUCAUCUCAUCGAGGAAUCUCUGGCCGACUUAGAGGAGAGAAAAAUGGCCUGGGAAAGAGUUUGGCUAGACAGGGACGAGCGCCUACGGCAUUGGUUGAAACUCGGAGACUAUGAGCAACAGAUGCAAGAGGUGAACCAUGUGUGAAUAUAAUAGUUUUAAACAGAAGGUUUGAUCUGCAGUUCUAAUUACUCUACUCCUUGUAAUCUUAGUGAUGCACUUUUAACAACUUGGUGACGCAGUAGCACUUUAAAAAGA